GCUAUAAACCUCAUUAAUAACAAAAACCAACUUCACAGCUCUGUAUAACUCCAAUUAAUUCAUUGACAUAUUCAUGACAUAUUAAUGUCAGUAACAAUCAAAAUUUUCACUGAAAUUCUUUAUUUACGUGGUUAUUUGUAAAUUUCGUAAAUCCUAUGUCUUCGACAUCUUCCAGCGAGUGUAUGUGUCCCGAAUGCUUUGUUGAUUAUGGUGUCAAUGACGGGAGCUUCCGGUCGAGAAAGCCAUUGUAUCAGGCACUGAGGCAACCUUUGAUUUAUUAUACGUUAAAGAAACAACAGUCCUAUAAUCAGAGAUGUAAAGUAUCAAAGAAAGGCAGCCCCAAUUGUUUCGUGAAAGCCUUCCGGUGGUAUACAGAGGAACGUCUACCGCUGCGAUCAGAAGCACACACGAGGCGAGAAUUCACAGAGUUUGCAUCGUGGCUCGACGUGAAAUAUGACGAGUUCCUACAGCAGAAACAGAACGGUGACCGCUGGCAAAACGUGAUGAAAAAUCCUCGUGAUACUGAUAGAAUAACCUGCGAACCCUAUGCAACAAACUUAUUUGCAAAGGUGAAAAGUCCAUGGAGAAAGAAACAUAGCAACAAAGAACGCAGCUGUACCAUUGAAAAACGCCUCCAAAGUUUGGAAUUCAUUUUGGAACCUAAAGAAUUGAGCCGUCCUGCUUCAGAAUAUUACCAACAAACUCCUCCAAAUAAACCGUCUAAAGUUUCUGUAGCAUCUUCAGAGUUACAAAUGUAUAAGAAAACGGUUAUCAAAACUCAUCAUUCUGAAACAAAUGCAGGGACAUGUGGUAUUUCAAAUUGUGUCGGAGAAGGCGUGAACACUAAUGAGUCUCAAAAAGGAACUUUGCCAAAACUUGACCAACAAAAGUUACAAACCUUAAACAAAGUGAAAAACUCAAGAAAACAGGCUCCCUUAUCUCUGGUAAAAGAAAUUUCAUGCCAAUGUCCCGAGGAUAAAACAGUGGCUGUUAAUACUCCAACGCAAUAUCAAAAACAAGAUGCAGAUUGGUCUACUUGCACCCAUAAUACAGAUUGUAUUCUCUGUACACAAAUGGGAGAUCAUAUUAUGCCGCCACAGGAACUUUUACGGAUUUCCGACAGUUUUCAACAAUAUCGCAUACCUAAAAAGUGUGCGUCUACCGAUAAAGAUCAAACAGAUGUCUCGUGUCAAUGUUCAUUGAAACAAGUUUCAAAUAUUCAUACUAGCGCGCAGUGUGAACAGAAAUAUAGCAAAACUAAAUGUAACUGCAGUUUGGGAGGUCAGGCCUAUUUGAGACGAGAUGCUCAGGAGGAGUUAGCAACAUUAUUGGAACGGAAUAUCAUCCACCAGAACAAAGCAAUAUGUAUACAGAUACCUCCUAAAAAGUCAAACAAUGAAACUUCGCCAAUCAUUGGUGAUGCCAAAAAGCGUUUUGUUAAAAUUUCCACUAAUGAUAAUUCUUUGCAAACAUCGGAUAAUUCAAUAGACUUGGUGAGGGACGGUGUACAAAAGUAUCCACACUUUAUGAAAAUUAUUUACGCUGAUAAAUUGAAGGAAGAGCGUCCUGGGUGUUAAUUUUCACGGUUACAUUCUACCAUAAUUUGAGCUACAAACUCAUUAAUAAAAAUACAAUUUCUUUGUUACUUUUUUUUAUCUUAUUAAAUAAGUUUUCACAUUAAUGCUAAUGCAUUUUUGUACAAUAUAUUAACAUUAGUCUUACAAAAGAGGCUAUUUACAUAAUUUUUGUGGAACAUUGUCCUGUCAGUUGGGUGGGCCAUAUGUGGAAAAAGGUUUUGCACUGGGUAAGAAGGCUACACUAGAAUCUCCUUGACUGUUGGCUGUGAUGGUGGGUAAGCCAUAGCCUGAUGAAGGUGCUGAGACUCCGCCUUCAUUAGACACUAAUUCUAUUGACGACGAGCCCACGCCGCUGUUCAAAGGUGAUGAAUGUACAAAUGAUGAUACCUCCACGCUUGGUUUGGCAUUUUCGAGGGAUAUUCCUGACACCAAAGACAAAUAUCCCGCCUGUUUUGCUGUAGAGUGUUCAUUCUCCUUUAUGAUGUUCUGCAAGUGAUCCACCACCACGGAGUCGAGAGCUUCUCUAUGAACCUGCCCUUGUGCGCCAUUGUAUAGGUUGGAGUCUGCUUGGUAGCUGGACAAGCCUGAAGAGCCGCUAUUGAUGCUCAGAGCUUGAGAUUGCAAGGGCAGGUUUGAUGUUGCUUGGAUGGAUUGGGAAAGAGGUUGUGAGUACGAGUAUCCUCCUUGAGAGGAAGACUGCUGAUACUUUUGGUUGUAGGAAAUGGGUUGAGGUUGGGAUUGGAUGUAGGCGGGAAGUAGUUGUGGGAUAGAUGGACGUGCUACCUGUGGUUGGGGAACACCAUAGGAGCCGCUUGGGAUGUUAAUCGGUUGGGGAUACGACACAGGGAGAGGCGC